CAUCGCAUCACGCAUCUUUUCCACUGCUUUUCGCUUUUGCUCUCACACAGUCUUCAUCCAACAUCCCAUCAACACAUCAUCAUCAGCAUCAUCAUUAUCAUCGCAUCAUCACACAACAUGCCUUCAACCAUCGCAUCCUCACAGUGCAACAAGACCUUCAAGUGGGCAUCACAGCAACGCGUCAAAUCAGGUCGCGUGCACAAGCGCACGGGCUCCAAUGCAUCCUCCUCCUCCUCCCGCGCCUCUUCCACCCUCUCCAAGAAACCAGCCUCAUCCGCAACCAAUGAAAUUGCCCGCUUAGAGUCCGAAAUCACCUUCACAUACGACGCCUUUGCCACCGUCUCCGUCAUGUUUGACAGUCUCCAGCACGCCUAUGCAAGCAGCAAGGCCGAGAUGGACCGAGCACGCAGUGAAACCCGACUCUCCGAAAAGGAAAAAGAGUUGUUGGCCGCCUACGACGAUCUUGGUUUGCAGGUCGUGCACUUGGAACGCCAUGUCGUCAAGCUCGAAAAACGAUUGGCUGAACUCCGAUCCGCAUCACCUGCUCCAACUCCGGCUUCUGUUCCUGCUCAGCCACAACAACCACAACCACAAGCACAAGCACCCGUUUUCGUUGAAGAAAAAGAAGAAGAAGCAGCAAAGUCUGCCGCCAUUGCUUUUGACAUGAUGACCACACCCGAUCUGGCUAUGCCUUCACCUACCGGCUCUCCCAUUCGCCUGUGCUAUCCCCCUUCAACCGACUACUUUAGCGACGACGUCAACAGCUUCUACCCCUCGCCACCAGUCAGCAACCAGCCCACACCCUACGUCGUACAAGACCCUUCGCUCUUUUGCGACUUUGCCAUGGUUCCUCCACAGCAGCCAUCACAGCAACAGCAGCAGCAGCAGCAAUACGUUCCUAUGGACAACUUUGUCUCGAUGGCAACUGUCGUCAAUGACCCAUACUACUACAACACCAACGUAGCUGCUCCUGGCUGGCCCAUGCAACAAUUCUAAGCGUCUCCAUUACUUUAUGCAUUCAUUUCAUAUCCCAAUUUUUAUAUGCAGCAUCAUUCCUCCAUCUUUUCUUUUAAGCACAUAGCCCCCCUUCCCACCAUAACCAUCAUCUUCAUCUUCAUUUCUCAUCAUCACGCAUUCUACAUAUAACAUCCUCCUCCAAGAUACCCUACUUAAUUUCAUAGUUUGUCUAAAAUUGUACAAAAAGUUUUAUUUCCCUUUAUGCAGAUAUACCCCGCAUUUGAUUCUAUUUCCAAUAAUUAAAAAUCAACAAAAAAAAGUUUGACAAUUGC